AUGGAUUCUUGCUUGAUCCGUGGCCUAAUCAGAGUAACACGCAUUAGGUACAGCCACAUUCUCAUCUACGGGGACUUCAAUCUACACAAUCUGGAGGUUUCGGCAUGGCCCAGUGAGCAGUUCAAAGCAGACUUGCAAGAACUGAUCGUUAAUGUUCUUUUGUAUAACCAUGUCACUACGCACACUAGAUUCAAGACAGUAAAUAAACCGUCCAUAUUGGACCUUGUGCUCACAAAUGAAGAGCGCAUGAUUGACAAGUUAUUGAUGGAUAGUCCAUUAGGUCUCAGUGACCAUGUAGUAAUAACUUUUGAAUAUGUGUGUUAUGCAGAGUAUCCAUCUGAACACUCGGAACUAACUCAUACAAUCACACGCUACCACGUAUUGAAAGAACUCGCCGACGCAGCUUCUUGGGAAUUCUCAAACAAAAGUCCCCUUUACAACGUUUGGGCAGAGUUCGUUAAUAAACUCAGCGACAUCGUCAAUAAAGCGUCCGAGAUUAAACCUCUUUGUCUCGCGAAAAUGCCUUCAAGUAUAAGGAGCGAUAGCCGUUCCGAUCCUGCUAACUAUCGUCCAGUGACUCUCCUCCCUGUGCUCGCGAAGGUGAUGGAAGCAGUCGUCGCUGAGGCUUUAAUGGACUACCUGGAAAAAUGCAACAUCUUGGUAGCGGAACAGCAUGGCUUCCGUCAACACCGGUCAUGCACCACCAACCUACUGAUUGCACGAGGUAGUUGGACGGAAGUGGCCGAUGAUGGGGUCGGAGUCGACGUCAUCUAUCUGGACUUCUCCAAAGCUUUCGACCGCCUCGAUCACCGCAUCCUACUUCAACGGCUUCAGAGUUACGGAAUCGGAGAUCCUUUACUUGGUUGGAUUGGCAACUUCCUUUACCAACGAAAGCUCCAAGUACGUGUUAGGGGAUCACUUUCUAACCCAAUUGAGGUGGAAUGUGGUGUCCCACAAGGCUCAGUGCUGGGACCGCGUUUAUUCCUGGUGUUUAUCAACGACCUGGUAAGAGUCAUCUCCUCAAACUUCCUGCUUUUCGCCGAUGAGGUCAAGAUAUGGCGGGCGAUUAGUAACAAGACAGAUCAGGAUCUGCUCCAACAUGAAUUAGAUUGCAUUUACAAUGGAACAAUGGAACAAUGGUAUAUGACGGGUAAAAAAGCAUACACAUAA